GCGCACAGGCCAGAUGGCCGACGCUUCGGUGCAAAUAAAAAGCCCCAAAGUGCUCAAAUAUUAAUGACGUAUUGUUAACAACCCUUCAUCGAAUUUAACCAAUUCAACCGGCAGUAUCACAAGGAAGAUAAUAUGUCCUUUUUCUCGCCGAUAGGGUGGUGCGCGGCGUUAAAGCGGAUCAAAGCGUGAAGGGAAAGCAGGCUUAGACGUCAAAUGAAACCAAUUGGAGGGCGGCGAAUAGUCAAAGGUGUCAUUUUUAUUCUUCGCAUUGUUUCUGGAGCGACCAUGAACUAUCACCCACCUCCUUUUAAAUCAUACAUUGCAUUUGAUUCAUUGAAAAUGGAUUGGCUCCCAUUUCGGAUUGGCUUUCCUAAUUCGUCACACAAACUACGUCACGUUUUGUUGCGAAGAGGGGGCGGGAGUCUUGCCACCUGAUUACUAUGGCAACGUGUAAACGCAAACGUCGCAUCGCGUCGCAUCGCGUCGCGUGCUGUUGAAUGCCACUGUUCGCUAAGUCGUGACUGACUGCAAAAGUUCAAAGAAAAUGUCAGACGAGGAGGUGGACACAAUCAUUCCUCCAGAAUCAGAAGAGAACACAGGUGAACCACAAGGCGAGGAGAACCAGGGACAAGCAGGCGAGGAGCGUAAGAAUGAAGCAUUGCAAGAGUCAGAGGACCAAGGACAACCGGCAAACCAGGAGGAGGAGGAGGAGUCCUUGCCAGGAGUAAGCACCUUUGAGGCGCAAGGAGAACCAGUCAAUGAGGAGGAGCCCUUACCAGGGGUAAGCACCUAUGAGGACCAAGGAGAACCAGUCAAGGAGGAACCCAUAACAGGGGUGAUCACCUCUGACGACCAAGAAGAACCAGUCAAUGAGGAGGAGGAGUCCUUACCAAGAGUAAGCGCCACUGAGGAGCAAGGAGAACCAGUGAAUGAGGAAGAACGAGCAAAGGGGACCUUACCGGAGGAUGACCCAGGACAACCAGGGAUCGAGAGCGAAACCUUGCCAGGAGCAAGCACAUCUGAGGACCAAAGGGAACCACGGAGCCAAGUGGAACAAGGGAAUGAGCCCUCGUCGCAAGUCAAAACCUUAGCGGACCAAGGAGAACCAGGGAAUGAGGAGGAGAUUUUCUCCUCUGAGGACCAAGCAGAACCACGUAUGGAAGAGGAUCAGGCGGCUGAGACUUCUGCAGGAGUAAAGACCUCAGAUGGAGGGCAAGAGCGGCGCCUCUCGGAAUCUCCCAGUUCCGAGCCGCACGGUGCCGUCGCUGCGGGGACCGCCGCGUCGUCGUUAGAGCCGCGGGGCGCCCAUGCCCAUUCGGAGCAGGACGACAAUCCCGACGUCAUCAACGUGAGCCUGAUAACCGGUAAGAGAACCUUGCGCCUGCUCAAUUGGGAAGUCGACGACAGCGCGCCGACCGAGGUGUCGGGGGGCGGCGGCGGCGGCGGCGGGCCUCCCCCCGCCCCGCAGAAGGCCUUGUUGGGCGGCUACAGGCACAAGCUGACCGGCACAGAGUACCACCACGCCGCCUCCCAGACCCCGCGCAGGGCCCGGCCCGGCCGAGGCGUGGACGUGGUCAGCCGAGACGCGCAGACGGCCGAGCAGGUGCUGCAGGCGCAGCAGUGCGACUCCAGCGUCACCACGCAGAUGACCAAGGUGGGCUGCUACAUCUCCAACAUGAAGGACAGGCUGCUCAGCCCGGGCCACUACAUCACCGCCGACGAGUAUCACCACACCCGGCUCAAAGCUGUGAUCCGUCUGCAAGCGCACACCCGGCGCUGGCUGAGCUGCCGGGCGGUGGAGCGGCUGCGGCGGGAGCGCGAGCGCCGUCUGGCCUGGCUGGACCUCCAGGAGCGCAGGAGGCACGAGGAGCGGGCCGAGCAGCUUCAAGACAGCCACAGCCGCUGGAUGCAACCGCGCAAGAGGGAGGACCUCAACUUGCUCUACAAGGCGCUGGAGAAGUGGCGGAGCGACAAGGAGCGUCAGAUCAACGCCACGCUGCGGGGGGCCGAGAGGAAAGCCGCCCUGCGCUCGCUCCUGGAGCAGGAGACGCAGUACAUCGCCACCAUCGGACGCCACGGCAUCGCCAUCAGGAGCAACAACUACAACAAAGCCGUCAGGAAGUUCCUGGACAAGUCGUCGCCGGCGCACCGGUGGCGGGCGGCCGACGGCCGCCUGAUCGAGAUGGACACGCCCGACACCAUCCGAGCCCGCCAACUGGGCGACCUCUACGACUGCGUGGCCAUGUCGCCCGUCAGCCCGAAGCAGCGUCUGGACAUCCUCCUCUGCCUCAAGCAAACUGUGGAGGAGCACCCGUGCCCGCUGACCCGAGACAUUGCGGAGCUGAUCGGCAGGGAAGAGGACCUGAUGAGGCGGCAGGUGAAGGAGGCCAACCUGGAAGGCCUGCGCAAGAGGCUGUGCACGUACUUCCUGCAGUUCAUCCGCACGCCGGGUUUCAACCCGGAGGUGGCCAAGCACCUCAAAGUGCCGCAGAGCACGGCGCAGCUGAAGAACGACGUGUUCCUGUGCCACGGCUGCCAGCGCCACCUGGGCUCGGCCCACUUCCGCUCCUGCGCCCGCUCCCACCUGAGCCGCCGCUGCCUGGACUGCACCCGGCUCAGGAACAUCGCCGGCAGCCGCGACGACUUCUCCUGCUACAAGUACAUGCUGAAGCGGCUGAGGGACGGCGAGCUUCUGCUCGACAAGGACAACAUCAUCCCUUUCAUCCUGCAGGUGGAGGACAUGCAGUACCUGGUGGAGGUCAUCUGGGGGUCCCGCUCGGCCCUGAGCGGCUGCGGCGACCUGUACAGCUUGGUCCUGGUCCGCUGGGACCGCCGGAAGGACUGGAGCCCCUGGAACUGCGUCCUGCUCUGCAAAGACGAGACGGACGCUCACCUCCUGGUGGAGGACUUGCACAAGGUGUACGACGUGCCCGUGGUCCGCAGCGUGGAGCACAAACACCUGUUGGCGCGCCGCCACUACAACCAGAUCCCCACCAUGGUCGCCCAGUCGGCCAAAGCUGCCGCCGCCGCUGCCGCCGCUGGCGCCACCCAGAAGCGCGGAGCCCUCGGGAAGGGCGGGAAGUGAAA